AUGCCUGCGGCAUUGCGAGGCAUUACGCGAUCUUGUCCAACAUUCACAAUGUUCAAGCUCCGGGCUGAACUCCGUGCACACACCACUGAUGUGCGAGGCGUUGCAUCAUCACCCACUGGCCAAAUUGCAACCGCAAGCCGCGACAAGACAGUGGCGCUCUGGGACAAGGAUGGUCUAGAGCCAGUCAAGCUUCUGCGUGGGCACGAUCAUUUUGUCAAUGCGGUCGCCUUUGCAGAUGCCGAGAGGCUCAUCACUGCAUCCAGCGACAACACGCUGCGCGUUUGGGAUGUCAAGAGCGGCGAAUGUACCACCGUGCUGAGAGGUCACGAGGGUCCGGUCUGCGCAGUCGCCGUCCUUCCUGGACCGCAGUCUGAAAAGAAGGUUAUCUCAGCGUCCUGGGAUAAGACGGCGAGGGUUUGGGAUUUGAUAUCGGGUACAUGUCUCACCGUUUUGAAGGGACACGAAGCAGCGGUUUGGGGCGUUGCCGGCUUGCCGGAUGGACGCCUGGUCACUGUCGCUGCGGACAAAACGGUGCGUCUGUGGAAUCGUGACGGAUCGCAGGGGAUGCAGCUUCCGGCGUCUCAUACUGAUGUGGUGCGAGGCGUAGUUGCUGGUCCGAAUGGUGGCUUUGUCACCGUAGCAAACGACUCGGCAAUGGUGUAUUGGAGCAGCGACGGUGCAGUGUAUUCAGUCGGUCAUCGAAUAUCCGAUCUGCAUGAUGGCAGCUACAUUUAUUCGAUCGACGCCCGCGAGGAAGAUGCGGGCAAGUGGACAUUUGUGACGGGCGGCGAAGACAAUGCCGUCAGGGUCGUUGAAGCAGAUCUUACAGCCAUGACACCGCCCGCAUGUAUACAAACGCUGAUGCAUCCAGGGACUGUUUGGAGUGCUUGCCUGUGUCCAGGAGGCGACUUAGUCACGGCAUGUAGUGAUGGCGUUGCGAGAGUAUUCACUCGAGAUCCCGAUGCAGUUGCCGAUGCGGAUGUGCUCUCCACUUUUGAAAAGGCCAUCUCAGAAAGACAGGUGAACACCAGGGUGAUUGGUGGCGUGGAUGUUAGCAAACUCCCAGAGGUAGAGAAAGCCCUUUCAACGCCAGGUAAGAAGGACGGCGAGAAUAAGAUAGUAAAGACUGCAGCAGGUACUGCAGACGUGUACAUGUGGUCUGCCGCUGAAAGCAAAUGGACAAAAGUUGGACAAGUUGUUGAUAACCCCGCUGGUCCUGCAAGUUCGGGCACUGUGAACGGAAAGUCCUAUGAUUUUACAUUUGAAGUCGAAGUCGGCGAAGGCGGGAAAAAAGAAAAGCUCGGGUUCAAUCGCGGCGAAAACCCGUACGCUGCAGCGCAGCGGUUUAUCGAUGAGAACGAACUCAGUCAGGAGUUUAUCGAUCAAAUCGCUCAGUUCAUUGAACAGCAGGUUCCCGCAGACGCCCUUCGAUCAACAGCCGUGCAGGCAUCGGAUCCAUUAACGGGUGGGUCUAGGUACGUGCCAGGUGGCUCAGCAGGCGCAUCUACAAGUCGAGGGGAUCCUCUCACUGGGGGGUCUCGAUAUGUUCCAGGAGGCGGUGCCACGGCCAGCUCAAAUCGGGGAGACCCGUUAACAGGGGGAUCCCGAUAUGUUCCAGGGGGCUCUGGUGUUCCACCAGGGAAACUGCCACCACCACGAAAACUCAUCCCUCACUCGAAUGGGAUCGUUCUUUACAAGAGCACGGACCAAAUCGAAAGAAUUCAGGCCAAGGUGAGCGACGUCAAUACUGAAUUUGCAAAGAAUGGCUCAGACUUGGCGUUGAGCCAGGAAGAAGCAACUGUUUUUGGUGCUUCCCUAAUGCCGAAGUUGAAGACCAGAGGGGGUGCAGUUUCGAUACUGGAUAAUGAGGACUGCGCCAUCGUCGAAAAGCUGCUUAAAUGGCCGACAAGCCAUGCGUUCCCAGUGCUUGACGUGGCCCGAUUGGUUAUAUCUUUGCCCACUGGGUGCGCGUACUUUUUUGGUUCCAGAAAUGGCGAAGUGCUCGCCGAUAUCUUGAGGCAUCUCUCCGCUGAUGAAGCCUCCGCUCCUGUCUACAUCAUGGGGUGCAGAUUUUUGUGUAACAUGUUCGGAAACCGAGUGUCAGGAACGAAAGUUCUGUCCGAGCAGGAGACAAUCAUAAACGCGGUGGCGUCUGCUGCGAAGAGCAGCAAUCGACGUGCUCGAGAAACAGUUGGAUCGCUGAUGAUUAACUACGCGGUGAGCUUACAUGAAGGGAAAGCGAGCCCAGGCGAUAAGGCUUUAGUGAUACGAACAACUGCCAAUCUGAUCACGGCUGGCGAAAAGGAUGAAGAAGUUCUGUAUAGGUUAAUGAUUGCCAUGGGAACACUGUUGUGCAGUGAUGAACAAUCGGCGUUGAAGGGCGUUGAGCUUGGGGCAGCAGCAGCAGCAGCUGAAGCUGCCCCACUUUCUGCGAGGCUCCAACAGGUCGCAACGGAAAUCGCUACUCUCAUCGCCAGCUAGCGUAGAGAAUGUAGAUGACCGACGUAAAUAUAUAACUCGCAACGGAAGAGAACCACA